GGUGAAUAAAGAAUUCGACAUGUGGUUCAAAGUCGUAAAUCGAGUUUCCAUCAUUUUAGAAAAAGUUUUGUGGUUUUCUCAUAGUCACUGUAAAACUAAUUAAAUCACACAUAAUUUGGUUUCUAGUUUUCUUUUUUUCUUUUACACAUUUUGGGAAAGGAAUAAAGGCUUCCGACAAUGCAAAGGGGGCAUAAAUUAAACACAACGAUGUUAACUAACGUGAGUGGAAUCCUGUUCUGUUAAUGAAACUGUGUGCAUCACAAUGUUGAUAGUUAUAAACAUCCAAAGUUAUAACGACAACAUUACAAGAAGAAGCAAAGAACUAAAAAAAUGAAAAUAAAAAAUAAACAAGCAAAAAGUAAGAAUCUUCCAGCUUCCAAGAUUUCUUGAUUUAUUCACAAGUAAUGCCAAAUAAUUAAGAAUUUUAGAUGAAUAGUUUUGGGACUAAUCCUUGCACAAAGGCAAAAAAUCUAACUAUCCAUGUUAGUUCUCUUAUAUAUAUAAUGAUAUGUAUUAAACCAUAGCAUAACAAUCAAAUUAAUCUUUACUCUCUAUCUUUUUCUAACAAUCAAGUUAUACACUCUAACAAUGGUUCCUCCAAACCCACCACCUAGAACACAACCACAUCCUCAAGCCCUUCCUGCUAGAGGCUUGAACCCUGUCCUAUGCAUCAUCAUCGCCCUCAUCCUUUUAGGCCUCCUUGUGGGUCUCGCCAUAUUGAUCACAUACCUCACCCUCAGGCCAAAGCGACUAGUCUACACGGUAGAAGCCGCGUCGGUCCAAGACUUUGCCAUUGCCAAGGACGAUCACAUUAGCGCCAAGUUCGACUAUGUGAUCAAAUCAUACAACCCGGAGAAACAUGUCUCUGUGAGAUACCACUCCAUGCGCAUCUCCACGGCUCACCAUAACCAGUCCGUGGCUCACAAGGAGAUCCCUGCCUUCAAGCAGCAUCCAAAGAACGACACAAGGAUUGAGACGCAGCUUGUGUCGCACAACGUGGCAUUGUCCAAGUUUAAUGCGAAGGACUUGAGGGCUGAAACUACUAAAGGGGUGGUUGAAAUGGAAGUGUAUAUAACGGCUAGAGUGAGCUACAAGACGUGGAUUUUUCGGUCAAGGAGACGUACGUUGAAGGCUGUGUGUACGCCGGUGAUGAUCAAUGUUACAUCGAACUCGUUGAAUGGAUUCCAGAGAGUUUUAUGCCGGACUCGUCUUUAGUUUAAUUUAUUUAUCGACUUGAGUUUAUUUUAUUUGUGUGCGUCAUACGUGUAUCAAAUUUACUAUGUGCCCCUUGAUUGAUUGUGUGUGUGUCUUACUCUUUGAAUUUCUUCUUGUAUGCAUUCAUCCCAUACGUCUUACCAUUUCGUUAUCAUUGUUUCUUUUAAAGGUUUUACUUUGUAAUUUGUAUUCAAAUUGUUGGAAAUGGUUUUUGAACUUUAACAAAA